AUGAAAGAAAACUUAAAAGAUUUUACCGUUUUUACCAAAGCUACUCCCUUUACAGUCGCUAGUAUCAAGUUUAUCCUUAAAGAAAAGAACAAUAGCAAAAUUAUCCUUGCUAUUAACAAUAUUUUCACUCAAAAUGAUGACUUUAAAAAAGUAUCUGUCCAUCACGUUAAUUUGACAUAUUCUAUAAUUGUCUAUUUUGUGACGUUAGAUGCAGUUAUCACAGCUCUUCACAUAACUAUCCCUGAUCUGAAGAUUGAUUCUUUCUGUGAUUUCACCCAAUACAAAGCUAAUAUGCAAUUUAAUGAAAGAACUAUUCAUGUUACUAACAUUCUAUUGCAAUUGAAACCUGCCAACAUCAAACAAGUUUUCACUAAAUAUAGGACAGUUACUGAUUUUAGAAUAACAGUAAGAGGCAUAUGA